UUAUCCAGAUAUUAUUAAUUAGAGCUAUAUGCUCGAAUCUCAAUCAAAUUCGCGCGUGUCUCGUUGAAAUGCGACGGAGAAGAUCGAUAUCGUCGUGUUUCCGUUGCCAGAGAAACUUGGAAACUCGCGCUAUAUACUAUAAACAUUCUCGUGCGAUCAAAUAUGCAGAAUGUCGAACCGCGGAAGGACACUAUGCGAGGACGAACCUUCCUGGCGACGUAGAGCGUACGAGAGUCAUCGUUCUAGAGUAAAGACAGCCAAACCGACCGUGGAUGUGAAAUCUCCGGAGGACAGACCUCACGUUUCGUUCAACGCAAAAAGAUUGCAAUUGGAGCGCGAACGCCAGGCGCGCAUUCUCAGGGACAAUUUCAUCCUAUUGAAAAAACUUCGCGAGAUUAUGCACCGGAAGCGACGGAUCGCCGAGGACACUCAACGGGUCCAGUGGCAGGAAUCUAGAUGUGUGAGGACUCGCUAGAGAAAUCGACGGGACGAUAUCUUUGCUAUCGCGAUUACAAUAUUCGUGAUUUUUAUAUUAUACAUGUGCUUAUAUUUUUUAUGUAUUUUAUUUGCGAUGGAGAAAUAACA